UGUGUAUAUCUAGACAGAAAGAGAGAGAGAGAGGGGGUGGGACCCACGUGAACAGUUUAAUUCGGCCGCCCUCUUUGUCGUCUCUCUCGUCUCCGUCUGCCUCCGUCGUUCCUUUCUCUUUGACUCUCUCCCCAUUCCAUCCCGUUCUCUCUCUCUUUCUCUCUCUCUCUCUCUCCCUCUGUACUUUUUGUUUCUCUCUCUAGAUGAUAUAUUUGUCAUCGAUUUUUUUUUUCUCUCGCUAUCUAUCUAUCUCUCACACUCGCUGUUCCCUUAUUUCAGAAACAAGUGUCGCUUCCUUGCUUGUUCAGAACUCUAAACGAGGAAUCAAUCAACAGGAAAGAAAGAAAAGAGAUAAGAAGGGUACAAAAAGAGACACGGCCUACUUAUAUUAUAGCUCCGCAGGGUCUCACGCCAGAGAAAACAGAGGAAUAGGCAGAUGGAAGUGUUUUCUGGGCUUUUCAUCUUAUUUCAUAUCACUCUUGUGAAUCUAAAUAAAUGAAUGUCAAGCUUUUUCUGAAGAUCAUUUUCUCUGCUGGGUUCUCGCUUAAUUUACCUCUUAGUCCUUUUUAGCUCUUGCUGUACGGAGUCAUUCUCAUGGCUGGUAGUAAUGAAGUUAACCUCAAUGAAUCCAAGAGGGUUGUUCCACUGAACACAUGGGUCCUCAUCUCUAAUUUCAAGCUUGCAUAUAAUCUCCUUCGCCGCCCCGACGGAACCUUUAACCGUGAAUUGGCAGAGUUCCUUGAUCGUAAAGUCAAUGCCAACACCAUUCCGGUUGAUGGGAUUUUCUCCUUUGAUCACGUCGAUCGAACCACAGGCCUCCUUAACCGGAUUUACCAGCCUGCCCUUGUAAAUAAGGCUCAAGGGGGCAUUGUAGAGCUCGGAAAGCCUUUGAGCACCACUGAGAUUGUCCCAGUUAUAAUCUUCUUCCAUGGUGGAAGCUUCACUCACUCCUCAGCCAAUAGUGCUAUCUAUGACACGUUUUGUCGCCGCCUUGUGAGCGUUUGCAAGGCUGUCGUGGUGUCUGUUGAUUAUCGGCGGUCACCUGAGUACCGUUACCCAUGUGCAUAUGAUGAUGGUUGGGCAGCUCUUAAGUGGGUUAAAUCAAGAACUUGGCUUCAAAGUGGAGAGGAUUCCAAGGUCCAUGUAUACUUGGCUGGGGAUAGUUCAGGUGGAAAUAUUGCUCACCAUGUUGCAGUGAGGGCAGCAGAAGCAGAAAUUGAAGUUUUGGGUAAUAUCAUUCUUCACCCAAUGUUUGGUGGGCAAGAGAGAACUGAAUCAGAGAAGAGAUUAGAUGGUAAGUAUUUUGUCACUAUUCAAGACCGGGACUGGUAUUGGAGAGCAUAUCUACCUGAAGGGGAAGAUAGAGAUCAUCCAGCAUGUAAUAUCUUUGGCCCUAGGGGGAAAAACCUCGCAGAACUCAAGUUCCCUAAAAGUUUAGUUGUUGUUGCUGGUUUGGAUCUUGUUCAAGACUGGCAAUUGGCUUAUGUCGAAGGGUUAAAGAGAGCUGGCCAUGAAGUGAAACUUCUUUAUCUAAAUCAAGCCACGAUAGGGUUUUACUUUUUACCAAAUAACGAUCAUUUCUAUUGCCUCAUGGAGGAGAUUAGAAACUUCGUCAAUCCUAACUGUUAAUAGACUACUUAACCUUAUCUACAGGCAGCCGAUACAUAACAGAAGCUUGACACUUCACUUGGGUUCUCUUUUUUUCUCCCCCUUUUUAUUGAUGGUGUGUAGUUAUAAGAAUGUGUAGUAUUACUUGUUGCCAUAUCACCACUUGGUGGUGAUAUGAGUUCUGUAUCUUUGGGGACUAGAUGUUCUUGGUCUGGAGACUGGUGAGUACUGCUUAUGUCUUCAGGGUGCAUAAAAGUAUUCUAGCUGAGAAGGCCAGUUUCUGCAGCUAAUGAGGAUCAGAACUUGAUAAUGGCAUUCAGCUGAGCCACCAGAUAUAAAUUAAGCUUAAACCGGUUCACUUCUGGCCAUAAAUAAUGGGGAAGGAAGAAGCGUGGUUUUAGUAGUAAAUUGGCAAUUUACAAGCACUAAUUUCAGACUGGAACAUAUCCGAUCUUUGUCAUGUCACUUGUAUCUUAUACUGGUGUUCUAGGAUAUAUAAAAAGAUUUUGCUUGCUUUUAA